AUUUAAUUUGCUCUAUCCACUCUCUCUCGUCGGCUCGUCCGUGGUCCUCUCCCCCGCCGUCUUCCUCCUCCCCCCUCCCCCUCUACCUCUCCCUAAUCCAAUGGCUGCUGCCGCCUCUUCCUCGGCCUCGCCGAUUCUCCUCCCGUCAGGGCCGCGUGGCGCUAGCUCGAGGGCCUGGUUUCCCAGCGGCGGCGGCAGGGCGUUCGUCAGAGGUGGCAACAGCUGGGCGCCGUGCUGCUGCAGGGCUGCCGCUGGCGGAAGCUUGCCGCAAUGCGGAGGAGCUGACGACAACGGCGGCGGCGUGGUCACCCGGAGGGGCGUGGUCGGGGCGGUUGCUCUCGGGGUGUCCUCGUCCGCGUUUUGCCUGCAGGCCGCGCUCGACGCCGUCGCCGGCGGGCUGCCGCCGGAGGAGAAGCCCAAGCUCUGCGACGCCGCCUGCGAGGCAGAGCUCGAAAAUCUGCCUAUGGUGACUACGGAAUCCGGUUUGCAGUACAAGGACAUCAAAGUCGGCCGAGGCCCGAGUCCGCCCAUUGGCUUCCAGGUUGCUGCAAACUGCAUCGCCAUGGUGCCAAACGGACAGAUAUUUGACAGCUCGCUGGAGAAAGGCCAGCCCUACAUAUUCCGUGUUGGCGCCGGACAGGUGAUAAAGGGACUUGAUGAAGGGAUCUUGUCGAUGAAAGUUGGAGGAUUACGUCGGUUGUACAUACCCGGUCAAUCCAGGGUAUCUAGACAGGAUAGUGAUAAUUUUCAAUCUUGUUGAUCUGAGCAGUUAGCAUUCCCUAAGGGCCUUACUUCAGCUCCCGGGAGGCCAAGAGUGGCUCCGAGCAGCCCUGUCGUAUUUGACGUCAACCUAUUGUUCAUACCUGGUCUUGAUGACGAUGAGUGAAAGCAUCAUCUUGCAACUUUACAGGAGGCAACUGAAGAGAAUGAUUUUCUGUUUGUGAUUUACCAUGUAUGUAGAGUGACAAUUAUUUUCGGCAGCAAAAUAUACAAAAGUAUGAUUAUUUGUAUUAA